AUGAUUUGCUCCGCCAUUCUCGCCCUCGCCUUCGGUAUUGCCUCCGUUGCUGGUGGCCCGUCAAUCCCUCGUGGAAGGAAUUGUGGCACGUACAUCGAUGACCAGACUGUGGCGACCAAAGAAAUGGCAUUCAAGCUCCAUCAGGUGGCGCCUGGUACCCUGAGCCCUUCGUCGGCCUCGUCUCCCAAGCUCAAUGUCUACUGGCACGUCAUCAGCAAAGACGACACCCUUGAAGGAGGAAACGUCCCUGACUCGCAAAUCGCUGCGCAGAUCAGCGUCCUGAAUUCCGCCUACAGCAGCACCGGGCUAUCUUGGGUUCUUGCAAACACUACGCGGACAGUCAAUGCUGAGUGGUUUGAGUCCGCUGGCCCAGAAGCGAGUAUCCAAGCAGACAUGAAGGCGGCUCUCAGACAAGGUGGUCCGGCUGACUUCAAUGUUUGGACUGUCGGCUUCCAGAAAGGCAAGGCAAAGGGCCUCCUUGGAUACGCCACCUUCCCGUCUUCGUACGAGGCAGAGCCAGAAGAUGAUGGUGUUGUGCUUCUUUACUCCACAGUCCCUGAGGGUACGACUCCCGGCUACAACAAGGGUCACACUCUCACCCACGAAGCUGGUCACUGGGCUGGACUUUACCAUACAUUCCAAGGCGGCUGCGGUCCUAUUGGCGACGGCAUUUCUGAUACGAAAGCGGAGAAGAUCCCUUCCGCCGGCUGCCCAGUAGGUCGCAAGACCUGUGCUGGAGAAGGCGUCGACCCAAUUAACAACUUCAUGGACUACUCUGAUGAUGAGUGUCUGACUGAGUUCACCCCCGGCCAGAUUGAACGUAUUCAAUCACAGAUGCGCACAUAUCGUCGCGUAUCGUUCGCUGGGCAAACUGAAGGCUCCGCACGACUUUAA